AUGCCGCCCUCGCACCGCCGCCUAGUCCACCGGCAUGCUGAGCGUUUGCUCACUGGAAAAGGACGUGAACUGGCUCCUGGCGAGUCUCGCAUCUUCUCUUACUACGCACCAUCUCUAGAUGGUGGUCUUCACAACGUCUCAAUUUCUCAAACUAUCUCAGUUCCGGCGGAAGCUGGCAACGCCAAAGAGGCACCCCGCCGACCAGUCAAGCUUGGGGCUCCAUCUCCGUCCUCCAUCGUCGUCACUCCGCGCUUCUCACUCGCUCCGGGGGUCAUUGACUUGGUCUACCCCACGCCUGGCAUCAGCGUUGAACACACGAUCUUGCCACACAUAGUCUUUACAGACCCUCAUCUUCCUUGGUCAAGAUCACCGUCACCCGCUCAUACCCCGGAAGAUGAGGACAAAGGGAACCCCCGAAGCAGUAGCACAUGGCUGGCUUUAUUAGUGUUUUCUCUGGAUGAGCUGCAGCUCAACCAAAGCCAAGUCAAGCAUAUUUUCCAGAACAUGCCACCAGAUAUUAAGCUCGAGCAGAGCGAAACAUGCACUCUGCGAACGUUGGCAGGCCAUGCGCCUCUUCCGAAUGACAUCGAGAACCUGGUCAAUACGACCGGGUUUAAGGAACAUGAGGAUGCCCUGGACGCCGCCGAGCCCACUGAGCUCAUCAUGGUGCCGGGCAAGUUGUUCAACGGUCUCUUUGUCGCUCCCGAUGGGCCACGAGACAAGUUAGAUGUCGCUUGCUAUAAACACAUGGCGCACGUGAGGCAAGUCGCCACAGAUGGCAUGGUGAACGCUGGCGCAGACAGCGACGAAGCCAUCUCCAGUGUCGUGGUCAGUCGGCGAACCGGCCCCUUUGACGCCGACACGCCAAGCACAAUGAUUGCUCAUCUCGUCUCACUGAGCUGGGACGACGAGAUGCUGUUGCCCAAGGACGAGGAUCAUGUUGCCAUGGUCAGUCUGCACAGCUGGACAUAUACCUAUCUCCCAUCUAAAAACAAGGCCAAGACGCCUGAUAUGCUCGCCAAUUUGGUCACCGGAGAGGUCACGGCUGCUCUUCUGCGUGGACCACUGACGCCAGUGCAGGUCCCUCGGCCAUUGACAAACAACACGUUGAUGCUAUCAAACUUUGGGACCGACUUGGACAUUCUUGAUCCCCGUCUUGGUCUCAUGGACAUAACCUACUCCAGCGCAUGGCAAUUAGGCAAGUCCCUAGCCAUGGCGGAUGUAGCCUUUUGUGCUGCUCUUGCUAGACAUCGAGAUGCGGUGCAAGGUGGUGGCCUCAACGCUGCUAAACGCGAUGUCCGUGCGCUCUUUGACGGCGACAGAUAUGGAACACGACAGCGUGCUGCUGGAAGAAUGGUGGACUUGGUCAGGGGCUUGAAUCAGAUGAACACAUCUCUGGAUACUCGAGGCGGCGAUGCUACUGCCGCCAGAACCAAUCGAUGGUCGUAUGAUGAUGCCCAUGAAGACGAACCGGGGGCCCGCACCCAACCCGUGGAUAUGCUCUCGCAGUCCACUCCACAUAUUGCCUCCAGGCUGCCUGCACAAUCAGACGAGGUGGCUCUUCGCCUAGCAAUGGCUGUUCAGCUAGAUACGAAGGAUGAGGGCGAAGACGUGGGUGAGGUCAUAUACAAUGAACAUAACACGCCCGCAAGCCCUGACUACGCUCUGAUCUACUCCUGGGUUCUCGAUAAAGUCCAUCUCGGCGACAUUCCAGCACAGUACCUCAUCCCAGACCCUGCAUUCUUGCCUGAAGAGACGCUUUGUUUCUUUCACGUUGAUGCAAACUGGGUUGAUGCUCUCAUCGACGGUGCGCUGAGUCUCGCGAAUCACUGGGGGGAUAAACCCGAGAAGGAUUUGAGUCGAGCGUCAAUAAAAAAGGCCAUCAACAAACGUCUUAGGACCGCCAACAAGUCGCUGGGAGGCUGGCAUGUCCAGAUGCCACGGUAUGGGUUCUUGCUACGCAGUCAAUUGGUUGUGGAAUUUCCAGAUCUUACUGUCGAUGUGAAGCUUUCGGACACACGUUCACACACAUCACAGAAGAGGGACGGCUUCCGACACCUCAGGUAUCCAUAUUUCAGUGGCUUCGACCCACAAAACGCCGCCUUACUUCCACAAAGUUUCAAUCCUCUACCUCACCCAGUUUCAGCUAGCGCGUUGCUUGAUUGGGUCAGAUUAGCCGAGAAGAGAGUGCAAAGGGAAGGAACAUUGAUGAGUGCCAGCAGGAGCCAGCAGGAGCUGCCUGAAUAA